AGGCAAGAUGGCGCCACCUCCGCCUCCUCCUGGCCCACCCCCAGCUUUAGAUGGGUUUAGUGCCCCUAUGGGGGAAGAAAAUGGUGGUUCUAUGAAUGGACCAAUAGCACCAGUGGAGGCUCCACAGGCAGCAACAACCACUGCUGAUGGAGGGAAAGCUUGGGAAAGAGCAUGGUCUGUUGAGGAAAUAAGAAAAGGAGCUGGGAACUGGUCACUUUCGGGAGAUGCAGGGUUACUUUUAUAUCUGCAAGAAUUCUCCCAGCGUAUGAUCGCUCGCACACAUGAGAUUGAACAACAGGUUGAUGGACUCGUCAAUGAAACAAAAGCCACGGGAACAAAGGUACACAAUGUGUUCAAUGAGUUUAUCAUGCUGGCAAAUACACAAUUUGUGGAGAAUAGAGUAUAUGAUGAAGAUGUCAAUCAAGAAGACAAUGAAGUUAAUGAAAAGAAAGAUGAGAAAGAGAAAACCAGAGAAGAAAAAGAGGCAGAAAUUAUUCCCAAAAUCUCAGAAGCUGUUGGUAUGGGAAUCAAUGUCAUAGAGAAUGCAUUUGAGAAGCUAGAUGUCAAUGCUGGACAGUCAGACUCUGAUGAGGAUGAUGAUAAUACAUAUAAAACUGAUCCCAUCUUAGAGCCUAAGGACUUGUACUUGUCGAGACCACUACCUUAUUUGAUUGGCUCAGCACAAUUUGCUCAAGAUGACAAUGUUGGACUCGUUGAAUCUCUAUCAGAAGAUGAGUCCGAGUCUGACCAGGGCAGUAUCAGUGAAACUGAAGAUGAAGAUUCAGAUAUAGGAGAGACUAAACCUGGUAUUACAGUAUCAGACUCAGAAUCAGAGUACACAACUGAAACUGGUUCAGAAACAGACUCUGAUGAAGAUGGGGAUAUGUUUAAACCUAAAGAGAUUAAGGAGAAUAAGAAAGAAGAUCUGUUUGGAGCUGGAACUUCAUCAGAUGAAAUCAGUGAAGAUGAACUUGAUGAUGAACCCCCAAAGAAAUCAACACUUCAAAGUGAAUUGGCUUCAAAAUUGAAAUUACCAUCAAAACAGCCAGAUUCAUCAGAAGAUGAAGAGGAGAUAGUGGCUCCUCCAAAAGAGACAAAGAAAGAAAAGAAGAAAAGAGCUGACAGUGUGAAGAAGGAAAAGUCAAAGCAAAAAGGCAAAAAAGAAGUCAAGCAAGAUGAUGACUUGUUUGGAGCCCCUGAAGAUGAUGAUCCAUUCAGCUCAAAAGGAGGUCUGUUCAGUAACACUGGUGCAGGUCUAUUUGAUGAUGAUAAUGACACUGGGGGAGGAGGUCUAUUUGAUGAUAUUGAGCCCAAAGUUACAAAGAAAACCAAGAAGGUACAAGAAGAAGAGAGUUCAGAGGAGGAAGAUGAAGUUGUUCAAGAGAAACCAAAAGCUAAGGAAAGUCAAACAAAAACUAAAAGUGGUAAAAAGGUACCAGCUGGAGGAAUUUCAAUAUUUGGAGCAGGUGAUGAUGAUCUCUUCCCAUCAAAGGCCAAGGCAAUCAGUGAUAAUGAGGAUGACUACAAAGAAAAGCCUCCACCUAUGGAUGCCCCCAGUAAAGCCAAGGCUUCUGGUGGAGGUAUCUUUGAUGAUGACGAUGAUGAUGACCUCUUCGCCAGUGUUCCUGCCAAGAAACCUGAGCCAAAAAAGAAAGAACCAGCCAAAAAGAAAACGGUUGAUUUAUUCGCUGAUGAUGAUGAUGAAGAUGAUGAUGGGGACCUGUUCGCAACAGCAGAGCCAGUGAAGAAAGAGAGCACUAAACCUAAAGAUGAAGUUGACACUGCUCAACCACCUCAUGCUGAGAAGAAAGAGAAGAAGAAACCAAAAAAGAAACUACCCGCAGGUGCAGUAUCCAUGUUUGGAAAUGCUCCCAACCCUCUAGCAGCUGCUAUCAAAGCACAGAGAAAGCAAGAUUCAGAUGCUUCAGAUGAGGAUGAUUGGUCAGAUGAUGAGAAACCAGCAAGCAGAACUAGUAGUAUCAAAUCUGGGUCUUCUCUUACAAAACCCAAUGGAACAAAACCAAUUGGGACCAAGGAAUCCCCAAGUCCUUCUGCCUCUAGUAACAGCCUGUUUGAGAAUGAACCUGAAGAUGACUUAUUUGCCAAACCUCCCCCUGUUAAACAAGCAAGCAAGCCCAAGGCUACAUCUGGUGGGAGUGGUUUAUUUGAUGACGAUGACGAGGAUCUCUUCUCCCCCUCUACUACAACCAGUAAACCAGCCAAGCCACAAACAAAGACUGCCCCUGUCUCCAAACCUAAAGUAAGUGGUGAUCUGUUUGGAGGUGACGCUGAUGAGGAUGAAGAUGAUUUGUUUGCUACAGCAGCAAAACCCAAAGACAGUGGUAAAAAGAAACCUCCUGGUGGUGUUUCACUGUUUGGUGGUGCUGAUCUGUUUGGUUCAAUUAAGCCCAAAGAGGAUGUCAAACCAGAUGUUAAGCCAGAGCCUAAGCUAGAGAAAAAGAGGUCAAACACUGUAUCAAUGUUUGAUGAUGAUGAAGAAGAUAAAGGAGAUCUUUUCGCAACAUCUAAACCAAAGCCAGCUGUUACUAAGGAGACCACUCCAAAAACAGAGGUUAAGGAGCCUCAGAAACAGAGAACACGAACCAAGAGUGUCUUUGAAGAUGAAGACAUUCUGUUUGGUAGAGAUGAGGCUGAUCCCAAUGUUGACCUGUUUGGUUCAACCAGUCCACUGGCAAGUCCAACCAAGCCUGAUUCCAAACCCUUCCCUCCAACCAAUACAUCACUGGCUCCCCCUAGUAGGACCAAUUCACUAAAGCUAGGUGGCGCCACUGUAUCAUCAAGCAACACUGAUCUGUUUGCGGGUGUAGAUGAUGACGACGAUGAUGAUCUGUUUGGCACUGGGUCAAAAACUAAAGGCAGUAGUCUGUUUAGGUCUAGUUCUGUCCCACAGAAGCCUAUAUCCAAGGUAACACCUAGACCCAGUAAGAUUGAGAAAGUGGAAGAGAAGCCAACCAAAAGUGAUGAUCUCUUUGGUGGAGGUGUUGAUGAUAAUGAUGAAGAUCUGUUUGCUUCUAAACCAAAGGAACCAGUGGAGAAGAAACCAAAGAAGCCUGUUGGUGGGGUCUCCAUGUUUGGUGCGUUUGAUCCAUCUGCCCUUAAGAAAAAGGUUGUAGAUGAGGAAGAGGAAGCAGAAGUCAAGAAAGAAGCAACUCCAGCUGUGACUCCUCAAAAAGAUCCUUUGUUUGGAAGUCCACCUAAAGAUGUCACUGAUCCAUUUGGAUUGUCGCCACCCAAAGCUACUGGGUCAACCAAACCAUCUGUAAGAGAUGGGCCUACACCAUUUGGUGGAACUGGACAGCAAGACAAACCAGCCUUCAAAUCUGUCAGUCCACCAAAGCUAGGAAUAGGCAAGCUACAGGCUGGAUUGAACAUCAAUCCAUCUGCUUUAUUACCUGGAGCAGCGCCACCUGUACAAGAACCCACUCCAUCAGUGGCUGGCUUUGACAAACCUGCAGAAGUGAAAACUUUACAUAGUGCUAAUAAGGAUCGUGCCAAAAUCACCCAAAAACGUCGACCACCAACAAGACGCGCUCGACUUCAAAAUACUGACCAAUUGGGUGCAAAUGUGGCAGUUACUUCACCUACAAAUAUAGCCCCUCCCUCUUCUUCCUCACCGACAGAUGCCUUAUUUGGAGAUACGGACACUUCCAGUGCAAAACCUCCCUCUUCAUCCUCAGGGUUACCACCAUUGGAAUCAUUAAGUGACACAACACAAUCAAACACUAGUGCAAUAAAAACAACAGUUACAAACACUAAAAAUAAAUCCGAAGAAAAUGACAUUUUCGCCUCUACACCGCCAGAUAAGCUAGGCACGGACAUUUCAGAUCCAUUCUCACGAGAGCCACCCCCAGAUAUAGAUUUUACCCCUAACAAAACAACAAUUGAUGAUGAUAUAUUUUCGACCCCAUCUAAUACAAAAAGUGAUACCCCAGACAUCUUUGCUAGGGAACCCCCUCCAAUGGAUGAUGAUGACAUGUUCAAUAGUGAGCCAGUGCCUGAGAAGAAGCCCAAGAAGAAGGCUUUGGUAGUGGAGGAUGAUGACCUGUUUGCAGAUGCCAGUGUUAAUGUUAAGAAAGAAAAGAAGAAAAAAGCAGUCAAAGAAGAAGUGAAUGAUGAUAUAUUUGACUCUACCCCAACCAUGGAGAAGAAAAAGAAAACAAACCCAGUCACAAAAGAUGAAGAUUUAUUCCAAGACGACACAGACAUAUUCGCUGACAUUCCUACCAUAAAGCCAAAAGAGAAGAAGAAAAAGAAAAAGACUGUCGCAACUGAUAAACCGGCAAUUGAUGAUACAGUGGAUGAUAUAUUUGCAAGUGCAGCAAGUUCUACAAAAACAAAGACAAAGAAAACAAAGAAGAAGACGGUGAAAGACAAAGACAUUAUGAACAAUGAUGCUCCUAGUAUAUUUGAUGACCCACUCAAUGCAAUGGGGCAGUGAUGUGUUCCACUGACACUAUUCCUUUCCUCUAUAGCUUCAUUCAGUAUAUUCCUCAUACUUAAAUAAGCAUUCCAUGUAAUUAUAUGUUGAAUGAGACUUGUGCAUUUUAGUUUGCGAAAAAAUGUUUAAACUUUUAAUUGAUCCUAUUUCAAAUGUUGGUGUAUUCUGUACUUCCAUGUUGAAUUGAUUCAUGGUGAAACACAUCGUUGCCUAACUGUAUGGAGAUGGUUACCAUGGAGUCUAAUUUUAUCAAUUCAUUUACAUCACACUUUAUUUAUGCACAUACAUGUAUAUAUAUAGUUUGUCUAUGUAUGUGGAAUGUGUCUCUCACCAUGCUAAAAAUUUGUGAUUUUUUAAUGAUCGAUACACAUUAGCUGAUUUACACACAUUGUUUUGUAUUGUAUUCUAACAUAACACAGUGACUACUUAUUAAGUACAAUAGUACAUGUAUGUUAUAACAUUUAUGUAAAUCUUACAGGCUUUCCCGAAUUAUGACUUACAAUACUGUAUAUCA